UUCUGAUUCCGCACUCGCUGCAACAUGCGUGGCGACCAGCGCACCGACAUGAGCCUCAUGACCUUCGGAGGCAAGACAAACGUCGUGCUGGAGCUGGGCAAGCGGCUGAUCCAGCCCGAAGAGGAGUGGAAGGACAAAUGUGCCGCCUUCACGGAGCUGCGUGCGCUCCUGUCAGACUCUUCUUUACUACAGAGCAAGCUCAACGAUGCACCAGAGGCCGUAGUAGCCGAAGAUAUACCAAGCGUCUUCACACAUGAAAAUGUCCAGGCGCUGACGCAGCCUUUCCGUGGGACGGUGACCGACUUGCGCUCCACGGUCGUCAAGGAAGCGUGCGCCACGCUAUCGCAUUUAGCACAGACGCUGGGACCCGCGAGAUGCAAAAUCCUCAUACGUGACGUAUUUCCCACGCUACUGGACGCUAGAGGAGGCUCGAACAAGGUAAAUACUACAGCGAUCCACAACUGUAUCGAGGCCAUUGUGGACGCUACACCCAGUCGAUUCGUGCUGGCACCUGUGCUCCAAGUGCUGAAUACAAGCAAGAAUCGCGAGGUGAGAGAGAGCUGCAUUCAUUACAUAUAUUUGGCUCUCGAAGGCUGGAAUAGCGCUGUCCUGGAAAGGUUUAGGAUACCUCUCCAGUCGGCUAUCGCGACCUCACUAAGCGAUGCGUCGCCCAGAGGACGUGAAAAGGCUCGUGAUUGCUACUGGAAAUAUAUCGCGAUCUGGCCCGAUCAAGCGGACAGGAUAAAUGGUUUGCUAGCCGAUGCGGUCAAGAAACAUUUGAAGCGAUCUCAUAACGAAGCUGGCUUGGGCAAAUCACACCAGCCUGCAAAGCGCAGACAUCUAGCGACAAUUACGAACACGAUUUCCCUGGAAAAUGCGACUAAAAACUUGAGUACUGGAGACGCGACAGCACGCGCGAACAAAUCUUUUAGGCAACCAAACCGGCGAUUAAAAUCUCGAGCAAAAUCAAGCAUGAAGCCGCGUGGCUCCGCCGACAAGAAGAUGACGCCACCAACCGCAGACACGAACGUACUGACAACUCCAGUGCCAUUGCAGCGAAAAUAUGCUCUAACCCCUGCGAGUGGAAUUCCUCUGCCAAGCCGAAUUCCUACGACACCAACGUCUGCGUUGAAGAAAACUCCUGAAGGCAGCAUGCCGUCAAAAAUCCCGACCCCACCACAAACAGCGCCCGCUACAGUGCAGUCUGAGACCGCAAUCCAGCAACAAACGUCAACAUAUUCGGAAGGCGAUUUUGCUCAGCUCCAUGCGGAAAACGAAUUGCUCGUCAAACAAUUACAAACCCAAGCCCAGGAACUGCAACAACUCCAUGAGCGAAUUCAGAUGAUGGAUGAGGAAAAACAGAUAAGUGAAUCAAGGUACAAGGAUGCGAUGGCUGCAACCAUGGAUGCCCAUGCCCAAGACACAGCGACGCAACAAGAGAUUCAAUACAAGCUUGCUGAGCAACUUGCGAGUCAAGAAGACGAGCUAGAGGAAUUGAAAAGCCAGCAUAGCCAAUCCUCGCCACCAAUUCAACCAACACUUGAAACAAAGAAUCGAGUGGGUCAGCUAGAGAGCGAGCUGUCUUCGUUGUCGGAGCAGCUUGAAGCUGCGAGAGCCAAGUUGGAGGCGUCGAAUGCCGAGGCAGGUGACGAGAUGAAUGCUCUUCGGAACGAGAAGUGUGCUUUGGAGGAGCGUUUGUCGGCUCAGAGUAUGCAGCUAGAGGAGCUCCAGGUUCAACAGUGUUCGGUGGUGACAGCGUUCGAGGAGGAGAAGCGUGCGCUGGAGAGCGAGGUGGCUUCACUGAAGAAGCGUGAGUCGGAGGCGAUGAUGAGUUUCAAUGAGAACACGUCGGCUGUGGUGACUGGAUUCAAUUUUAAUGCUUGUGGUGGCGAACAGUCUUCUAGUGGUCGUGUAAAAUCUGAUGCUACAGAUUACCCCCAGGCCGCUACAGAGAGCGUUGAACCCAAGCCAUUAAUCCCUCUUCGAGCUUUCUCGCUGGCAAUUGCACGUGACCGAUCUGACAUUGAAGCAGAAGAACGUCGAAUCAACGAUGCCAAUUUGCUCAAGAGAAGACUUCGCCGACAAAAUCGUCAGCGCCAGACGUGAGGCGAAGUACCACUGCCAAGCGGUAGAUGCUUGUGAAUGUUUGUUAGCAUGAUAUUUAUUGCCUACGACUUGGCUGUAGUAUAACUAACUCUGCGACUAUGACGCACACAGUUUGACAAUGAUAUCAAACGAGAAAAACAUCAAACUAGUG